AUGUCGUUGCCUUAUUUGUUCUUAGAUUCUGAAGUCACGUCUCCAAUUGCUCUUUCCCUUGCUUUCAUUAUUUUUAUGUUUCUUGUCAAAUUCGUACUCAAAACCCACAACAAAAAUAGCGUCCCAGUCGUGCCUCUCCCUCCAGGGCCAAGCCCAUGGCCAAUUGUGGGUUGUUUGCCCGAAAUGUGGAGGAACAGACCAGCACACAGAUGGAUCCACAGCCUCAUGAAAAAACUCAACACUGACAUUGCCUGCAUACGCCUAGGAAAUGUUCAUGUCAUCCCAGUAACUUCACCAGAAAUUGCCAGGGAAUUUUUGAAGAAAAAUGAUGCAGUUUUCGCAUCGAGACCCGUCACAAUGGCCACUAAAACUUUAAGUAGCGGGUACUUGACCACAGUGGUUGGGCCUUGGGGAGACCAGUGGAGGAAAAUGAGAAGGGUUUUGGUUGCUGACGCGUUCAACCCGUCUAGGGUUCAUUGGCUACUUGGUAAGAGAAACGAAGAAGCCGAUAACCUGGUUAAGUUUCUGUAUAACCAAUGCUCAGCCAAUCAAAAUGGUGCAGUGGUGAAUGUGAGAAUUGCAGCCCAGUUUUACUCAGGAAGUAUCAUGAGAAAGAUGAUUUUCAACAGAACGUACUUUGGCAAAGGGAGGGAGGAUGGAGGGCCUGGUGUUGAAGAAGAAGAACAUGUCUCUGCGCUUCUUACUUUGCUCACUUAUGCCUAUGCAUUCUGCUUAUCUGAUUAUCUUCCUUGGCUUAGAAUUUUUGACAUCGAUGGGCACGAGAAAAAGGUAAGGAAGGCUAUGAACAUUGUCAAGAAGCACCAAGAGCCUAUUGUGAAUGAGAGGUUACAAGAAUGGAGAGAUGGCAAGAGGAAUGAGCCUGAUGACCUGCUUGAUGUUUUCAUCUCACUCAAAGAUGCAAAUGGACAACCCUUAUUAUCAGAUGAAGAGAUCAAAGCGCAAACCACGGAGCUGCAGCUCUCAACAGUGGACAGUCCAUUCAAUGUAGCAGAGUGGGCUCUAACAGAAAUGCUCAACCAACCUGAGAUGCUAAAAAAGGCAGAAGAGGAACUAGAUAGGGUAGUGGGAAAAAAGACUCUUGUUCAAGAAUCCCAUGUCCCUCACCUCCCUUACAUAAGGGCAUGUGCAAAAGAAGUUAUGAGGUUGCAUCCAGUUGGACCAUUCAACCUCCCCCACGUGUCCAUCGCAGAUGCUGAAGUGGCAGGCUACCUCAUCCCAAAGGGCAGCAAUGUCAUCUUAAGCCGCUUAGAGCUUGGGCGCAACCCUAGAGUGUGGGAACAGCCAUUGAGAUUCAACCCAGAACGCCAUCUGAAUAGAGCUGUUAACCAACAAGUUGACCUGGAAGAGAAUGACCUGAGGUUCGUUUCCUUCUCUACUGGAAGGAGAGGCUGCAUGGGCGUUGGGCUCGGCUCCACCAUUGUUGUGAUGCUCCUUGCAAGGCUCCUGCAAGGGUUUUCAUGGAGCUUGCCACCAGAUGUGGACAAGAUUGACUUCACUGAGGAUCAGAUUUACUUGAAGAAGGCUAGCCCUUUGCUUGCACAAGCCAAACCUCGCUUGCCUGCCUCUGUGUACCCAAUAUAA